GAUUGGUCAGUGGGCUGGUUCUUAAAAGCUUCCAUUUCGGCCCGAAAUUGUUUCAUCUUCCCCUAAAACCCUACAUUUUAUCUGAUACUCACUGUCUCUCUCUCUGUCUCUCUCGCUCUCUGCGCGACAAGAUCGGCUGCUAAUUCCAGGUUAUUGUUGGUUUGAUGUUGCGCGCUGUCUCUUGAGAAAUCUAAAGAAUUAUUGAUUUGAUCAAUUGUUAUGGCGACUUUUGCUAAACCAGAGAAUGCUUUGAAGCGCGCUGAAGAGCUGAUCAAUGUUGGGCAGAAGCAAGAUGCGCUGCAGGCGCUUCAUGAUCUUAUCACGUCGAAGAGACAUAGAGCAUGGCAGAAGACACUUGAGAGGAUUAUGUUCAAGUACAUAGAGCUCUGUGUUGACAUGCGAAGGGGUAGAUAUGCCAAGGAUGGUUUAAUUCAAUAUCGCAUUGUGUGUCAACAAGUGAAUGUAACUUCUUUGGAGGAGGUGAUCAAGCAUUUUAUGCAUCUAUCUACUGAGAGAGCUGAGAUGGCUCGGAGUCAGGCACAAGCUUUAGAAGAAGCUCUUGAUGUUGAUGACCUAGAAGCUGAUAAAAGGCCAGAGGACCUAAUGUUAAGUUAUGUAAGUGGUGAGAAGGGAAAGGACAGGUCCGAUCGUGAACUUGUGACCCCGUGGUUUAAAUUCCUUUGGGAGACCUAUAGGACAGUUCUGGAAAUUUUGAGAAACAACUCGAAGUUGGAGGCACUUUAUGCGAUGACUGCACACCGUGCCUUCCAGUUCUGCAAGCAAUACAAACGCACAACAGAGUUUCGCAGGCUGUGUGAAAUCAUCAGGAAUCAUUUGGCCAACCUUAAUAAAUACAGAGACCAGAGGGACCGACCUGAUCUAUCAGCUCCAGAAAGCUUGCAAUUGUAUCUUGAUACAAGAUUUGAGCAGUUAAAGAUUGCAACCGAACUUGAACUCUGGCAGGAAGCUUUUCGUUCCGUGGAAGAUAUACAUGGAUUGAUGUGCAUGGUUAAGAAAACCCCGAAGGCCUCCUUGAUGGUUGUUUAUUAUGCGAAGCUAACAGAAAUUUUCUGGGUUUCAGGCAGCCAUCUUUAUCAUGCUUAUGCAUGGUUUAAGCUUUUCUCACUUCAGAAAAGCUUUAACAAGAAUUUGAGUCAGAAAGAUUUACAAUUAAUUGCAUCAUCUGUGGUCUUGGCUGCUCUCUCAGUUGCCCCAUAUGACAACACGCGUGGGGCAUCUCAUUUGGAGCUUGAACAUGAGAAAGAGCGGAAUUUGAGGAUGGCUAAUCUUAUAGGGUUCAUUAUCGACCCUAAACUUGAGAGUAGAGAAGUGCUUUCACGGUCAUCUCUUCUCACAGAACUGGUUGCAAAAGGUGUAAUGACCUGUGUGACUCAAGAAGUAAAAGAUCUUUACCAUCUUUUGGAGCAUGAGUUUCUCCCUCUAGAUCUUGCAUCAAAAGUGCAGCCUUUGUUAACCAAAAUUUCCAAACUUGGGGGUAAGCUUACUUCGGCAUCUUCUGUACCAGAGGUCCAUCUAUCUCAAUACAUUCCCACGCUGGAAAAGCUUGCCACUCUAAGAUUGCUUCAGCAGGUGUCUCAGGUGUAUCAGUCAAUGAAGAUAGAGAAUUUAUCUAAAAUGAUCACCUUUUUUGAAUUUUCUGCUGUGGAGAAAAUCUCUGUCGAUGCAGUCAAACAUAAUUUCCUUGCAAUGAAAGUUGACCAUAUGAAGGGUGUUGUUGCAUUUGGUAACUCGGGUCUAGAAUCGGACGGGAUGCGUGAUCACCUGAUGAUUUUUGCUGAAUCUUUAAAUAAAGCAAGGUCAAUGAUAUUGCCUUCUGUAAAGAAAGCAUCACGACUAGGUGAAAUGCUGCCCGAUUUAGCAGAGAUUGUUGAAAAAGAGCACAAGAGGCUUCUUGCUCGGAAAUCAAUUAUUGAGAAACGCAAGGAAGAGCAAGAACGCCAGCUAUUGGAGAUGGAGCGGGAGGAGGAAUCAAAAAGGCUUAAGCUGCAGAAAAUAACUGAAGAAGCAGAACAAAAGAGGCUAGCAUCUGAGUAUGAGCAAAGAAAGAACCAAAGGAUCAUUAGGGAAAUAGAGGAGCGUGAACUUGAAGAAGCACAAGCUCUACUUCAAGAGGCUGAAAAGCGUAGUAAGAAGAAGGGAAAGAAGCCUCUCAUAGAAGGAGAAAAAGUGACAAAACAAUCUUUGAUGGAGUUAGCGCUGAAUGAGCAACUUCGGGAGAGACAUGAAAUGGAGAAGAAACUGCAAAAACUAGCUAAAACGUUGGAUUACUUGGAAAGGGCAAAAAGAGAAGAGGCAGCACCUUUAAUUGAAGCUGCAUUUGAACAACGUCUGGUGGAAGAAAAGGUGCUUCAUGAACGAGAACAACAGCAAGAGAUUGAGCUGAGCCGGCAGCGUCAUGAUGGAGACCUUAUGGAGAAAAAUAGGCUGUCAAGGAUGUUGGAGCAUAAGAUACAAUUCCAGGAAAGGGUCAUGAACUGUCGGCAAGAAGAAUACGACAGAUUGAGAGCUGAGCGAGAGGAGCGGAUCAACCAAAUUCUUCAGCAGCGGAGACAAGAGAGGGAAUAUAAGAGGAAAAUGUUGUUCUAUUUGAGGACAGAGGAGGAAAGGCUGAGAAAAGUGCACGAAGAAGAGGAAGCUCGUAAGCGUGAAGAAGCUGAAAGGAAGAAGAAAGAAGAAGCUGAGCGGAGGGCAAAGUUGGACGAGAUUGCUGAAAAGCAGAGACAGAGAGAGCGGGAACUGGAAGAGAAAGAGAGGGCAAGGAGAGAAGCUCUCCUGGGAAGAUCGACUGAAGGGCCUCCAAGGUCUUUUGACCUCCCUGGCGGAGCCCGCCCAAUGGAACCUGUAGCUGCUGCUCCAGCAGCUGCUGCAGCUGCAGCUGCAGCAGCACCAGCACCAUCUCCCUCCCCAACCCCCGCGAAAUACGUUCCUCGGUUCCGGCGUGAGCAAGUCGAGAGUGCAGGGCAGGCUACUACACCUGCAGAACCUGACCGAUGGGGCAGCAGUCGGCCAGACGAUCGCCCAGCUCCACCCCGUGACAGCUGGCGCAGCAGCGAUGAUCGUAGACCUGCAUUUUCUGGUGCGGCCAGUGGCCCAAGGUCUACUUGGUCUUCUUCCAGGGUUCCUCCUCGUGGCGAACGCUGAUUAUUGAUAUCGAUUCAUUUGCUUCAUCUCUGAUCGUUCAUUUGCUUCAUCUCUGAUCAUUCAAAUAUAAUCAACGACAAAUUUUGAGUAGGUGUGUUCCCGCUUGUCUCUUUCUCCCUUUGAAAAAUUGGUACAGUUAGAAUUGCAAUUAUUAUUUUCGGAUGCUGAAUAACUGGGACAAAUGAACAGCGGAUUUCAAUCUUCAUGCUGAGUUUUUGUGGACAAACCAUCUAGGGCUUUUUUUAUUAUGUUUGUAAUUUUGUGGUCAAGAUGAGUAGCCAUUUCAUACUUGGUUUUGGUUUGAGAACACAAUUGUUUUUUUACUUUUAUUACUACUUUUUAUGUUGAUUAUAUGCUGCCCAGCAUUGCUUUCUA